GUCCAAACAGCAAUGGACAUUUCAUUUUAAACCAUUCUCCACACAACCAAACACGACCUAAUUAUCCUCCAUGAUUUCCCUCAAAAACACGCAUCCACGUUCGCGCUUCAUCUUCUCUGAUCCCAAAACCAAGCCACUUCGCUUCUCUCUCCAGCCCCUUUCCCCUUCUCUUCUCUCACUCAAAUCCCCACUUUCUCUCUCUUCCAAUCUUCUCAGGGUUUCAAAUGCUGGAGUUUCAGUUUGUAGAACUGAACACCAUGAAGAAGAAGAAAAGAACAAGGGGGUUUCCCCGGAACUUCACGACUUAUCGCCAAAUGGAGCUGUGUAUCAGAAAACGCUGCAAUUGGUUGAAUGUUCCAUGUUUGCUGCACUUACUGGUCUCGUCUAUUUCUUGAGCAAUUCUCUUGCCAUUGAGAACUACUUUAGUUGUUUCUUCUCAUUGCCAAUAGUGAUAUCGUCAAUGAGAUGGGGUGUUGAUGCUGGAAGGAAAACUCUGGUGGCAACAACUAUACUUUUGCUUGUCUUGUCUGGUCCAGUAAAAGCUCUAACUUAUCUGCUUAAGCAUGGUGUAGUGGGUUUCACAAUGGGUACUUUGUGGAGGUUGGGAGCCAGUUGGAAUCUGUCAAUUUUCUUGUGCACAAUUGUACGCGCACUGGGUGCGGUUGGCUUUGUCUUGAUAUCGUCUUUCUUAAUAAGGGAAAACAUACUAGCUUUGAUCACCAUUAACAUCCAUGCUUCUCUCACAUUUGUUCUCACUGCUUCUGGUGUGAAUUCUAUUCCUUCAAUGAACGUGAUAUAUACCCUAUUUGGCAUUUUGGUGUUGAUCAAUAGUGGAUGUUUCAUGUUUUUGCUCCAUUUGUUGUACUCUGUUUUCCUCACCAGAAUAGGGAUGAAAUCUUCACUAAGAUUACCAAGAUGGCUGGAGAAAGCUAUCUGAUGCCAUAUGUGCUAAGGUGCUGCAUAAUUUUCAAUUAAAACAUUAUUUGUCACUUUUCGGGUUUGAGAAGGGAUUGAUUGGUGCGGUUGUAUAUCAUUUAUAAUGGCAUAACCAUUCAACAUCCUAUAGAGAUACAUGAUAAAAUCCGAAUCAGAUUGUUGACAGAAACAGUCUUUAUGGAAAAUAGUGUUACACUCCAAGUAUUCAACA